AUGAAACUUGCUCUUGCCUAUUAUUUGCUAUCACCAGCGGGACUGCCUCACCAGAAGCCGUUUGUAUUUGCGAGAGCAUUUACCGCCUUAAUGUGUCUUUUUACAAGGUUACUCACUGCUUGGCAUCUCAAUGAAAAAUCUACUCGUGGCUUACUUAUGUCAGAUCGCUUCAUUCUCUGUGCAUUCCUCACAGACGGUGCAUGGCUAUUAAGCGAGCUUGUGACUCUAUUUACUAGCAAAAAAACCAAUCAAGAUGAAAUCGACCAAAUGUGCAAAAGGACUACCUUAUGGUUGGAGGGUAAAGGAUCUUUCUACCUCGAAAACGCCUUUUAUAUCGAUGCAGCUCUAUGUCUUCUCACCGCUCUCAUACAUUUUGCCUUUCCACAGCACAUUCUCAAGCUUGUGACACAGGUGCUCAUAUUCGUUCUGAACGUCAUUGGACAUUGGGCGCUUUCGAUUUUCUCUCCUAAUCACAUCUCUGGAUUCAUGAUCUCCGGCUUUUUUAUGUCAUUCCUCUUUUCCAUCUUCUACCGAGCACGUUCCCAAUAUCAG